AAAGGUUUGAGAAGAAACCUUUUUUCAGGACCCACUUUCACAUUCGGUACCAGUGGGACACAGUAUGGAGUUCAGGAUGGAGCAGUUUGUAAAGGGAGAAAAGGGCUGACUUUCCUCUCCUCCACAACAUCUCCACUACAUGCUGUUAUUAAUCACAGCACUUUCUCUUUUAGUUCUUGAUCAUUAAAUUGAACUUGACGGAGUGCGAUUAAAAUAAUUCUGUUUCCAACUCGUCAAAGAGUCGGUUCAAAGAGUCGAGUCAGUUUUCCGAAAGUGAAAGUGUUUCUCAGCCUCGACUCUAUUUGGAGGAGUGGUUGGAAAAACACAAAGAUCUUCAAAAGCAGCCAGAAGCGGUGAAAUUCAUGUCCAACAACAAGCAGUGCUGAAGAAAAGUGGGAAUGUGAUUGAUUCCAGCAGAAGAGAUCGGCGUCUUCAGGACUUGAAAAUUGAAGCAUUGAAAAAUGGAUAUCACUGAUCAGGGGACAGAUCAUGUGACCUCACCCUCAAAAGACUGUAAAGAAAAGAGCAGCAGGUCACACUCCCCAGAACACAGCUGUGUCUCCAUGAAGAGUGAUGGGUCUAUGAAUCGUCCUCUCAACUUCAGAAAUGAAAACCCCUCACCUCUACACAGACACGACCCAGAAUCCACUGCUGCAGAUGAAUUCCAGAAGAAGUUCAAGAACAACCUGAUGAAGAAGUUUCAGUGUUUGAAAGGAUUGAUGCUAAAGCAGGAAAACCGAACACUCCUGAAUGAAAUCUACACAGAGCUCUACAUCACAGAGGGAGACAGUGGAGACAUCAAUAAAGAACAUGAGGUGAAACAGAUCGAGGCAGCAUCCAGGAGGAACCCAAGUGAGGACACACCAAUUAAAUGCAGUGACAUCUUUAAACCCCUACCUGAACAAGACGAACUCAUCAGGAGCAAUCUGUCAAAACCCUUAUCUGAACAAGAUGAAGAACCCAUCAGGAACGUUCUAAAAACGCUCUUAUCUGAGCAAGACGAAGAACCCAUCAGGAGAGUUCUGACAAAGGGAGUAGCUGAAAUUGAAAAAACAGUCUCUGUGCAGAAGUUUGUUCUGGACUGGGCUGAAGGGAAAACAAAUCAGGACAUCCACCUCAUAUUCCCACUUCCUUUCAGAGAGCUGAAAUUGAUGAAGGACCAGAAACUUAGUCUGGAGGAGCUCCUUCAUGUUUUUUUUUAAGGAGAUAAAAGAAAUGGACAUUUCCAGGUUGGAGAAGGUUUUGUUC